AUGGAGGUGCCAGAACUCACUCGCGCUUUCUCGCCUGCCGGGGGCCAGCCGGCUCCGGCUCCUAGACACCCAGGAGCCCCAGGUGGGCAGGUCUCACCUCACCUGACCCUGGGCCCUGUCAUUCUGCCACCGGAGCAGGGUCUGGCCACUACCGUGUUCCUGAAGGCCCUGCCCAUCCCAUUGUACCACACAGUGCCUCCGGGGGGCCUCCAGCCGCGUGCCCCCCUUGUGACACACAGCCUCGACGGGGGCAGCAUACCCUUUAUUCUCAGCCCCCUGCUGCGGCCUGAAGGACCCGGCCCUACCCAGGCAGGGAAGCCAGUGGCCCCGGCACUCACCGUGAACAUUGUGGGCACUCUGCCUGUCCUGUCGCCAGGCCUGGGGCCCACGCUGGGGAGCCCGGGCAAGGUACGGAAUGCCGGCAAGUACCUUUGCCCACACUGUGGCCGGGAUUGCCUGAAGCCCAGUGUUUUGGAGAAGCACAUCAGGUCCCACACGGGUGAGAGGCCCUUUCCAUGUGCUACCUGUGGCAUCGCCUUUAAGACCCAGAGCAACCUGUAUAAGCACAGACGCACCCAGACCCACCUCAACCACUCUCGGCUGUCCUCGGAGUCUGAUGGCGGUGGGGGCAGCCUCCUGGAGGAGGGGGACAAGGCUGGGGAGAGCUCCAGAGCAGAUGGCAUGGGGGACAGCAGCAGCCAGAGGGUGGGUGGUGGGGCCCGAUCGGAGAGACCCCUUUCUGUAGGUGCCCAGGGUGCUGGACACUGCCCAGCGCCUGCCAUGCCUCUGUCUUCUGUUGCCAAGACCCUGGGUCUGAAGUUGGAAGCUGUUCCCUGUCCAGGGUCCACAUUUGCUGACAGAGAGACCCCCGUGGACUCUGCCCACACGGCCUCCCCUGGGCUUGCCCUGGCUGGCUCCCAGCCAAGGUGGAAGCUGCCAGAGCAGACGUCCCCGACUACCAGCCGUCUGUGCUCCCUGCAGAAGCAGCAAGUGGUCGCGUCCUCGGAGAAGCCCUGGGACGCCAAGGCCUUGGAGGGCCAGCUGCGGAAGUGUGAGAGCACCGACUCGGGCUACCUGUCCCGCUCGGACAGCGCAGAGCAGCCGCCGGCCCCCGGCAGCCCCCUGCACAGCCUGUCGGGGCACAGUGCUGAGUCUGAGGUGGAGGUGGCCCUAGGGCCUGGGGGGCCCAGCCUGCAGCUGGAGAAGAAGCAGCUGGAGGAGCGCAUCGCCUGGCUCAUCUCCCACAAUCAGGCUGUGGUGGACGAUUCUCAGCUGGACAAUGUGCGGCCCCGCAAGACGGUCCUGUGCAAGCAAGGCAGCAUCGACUUGCCCAUGCCCUACACCUACAAGGACUCCUUCCACUUUGACAUCCGGGCGCUGCAGCCAGGACGGAGGAAACCCGCUGCCCUCAGCUCAGCCCGUUCCACCUUUACCCCCCCGGACAAGGCACGGCCACUCUUCUUUCACUCUGUCCCCACUCAGCUCUCCACCACUGUGGCAUGUGUGCCCAUCACCAGGAGCAACUCACUGCCCUUUGUCGAGGGCACCAGGACAUGGCAGGAGCCCCCAGGCCCUCAGGACGCCUGCCCCAGGAGGCAGAAGCCUCUAAGCCCCAGGCCUGCCCCCGCCCGACUGGUGAAUGUUCCCAGCGGCCACCCCCGGGCCCUGGUCAGACAGGCUGCCGUGGAGGACCUGCCAUGCCCCCCCACUGGAGACAGUCUGGUGCCCGCAGAGGACUCGGAUAGAAACAGAGCUGCUGCUGGGGAGGAGGCAGCCAGCAAGGGCAGAGCAGGCAGUAAGAAGUGCAGCCAGAGGAAGCUGAAGAUGUUCUCCCAGGACAAGUGGCAGGUGUAUGGGAAUGAGACAUUCAAGAGAAUCUACCAGAAAAUGAAAACCAGUUGCCACGGAGGGAAGAAGGCAAGGGAGAUGACCCUGGGUAGUGGGACAGAGCUGGCCCUUCCUCUCCAGGAAGAGUUAGCAGGGAAUGAGGGCACAGUCCCAUCCCAGGACAGGAGGACCCCUGUCCAUGGGGACACAGCUGUGGGGGCCAAGCCAGGGCCUUGCCAAAGUCCACUGGCCCCGGAGGGCUUCUUGGUGAUGGAGUCCCCCAAGCAGAGGGAGAUGGUGGCCAGAGCAGGAGGCAGUGACCAGCCUAGGGUGAACAGGGCCACCUCGCCCCCCACCCUCAGCUGCAGAGAACCCCCCUGUUUGGGCAGCAAGAGCCCCCUGCUUCCUCCAAAUGGGAGGCUGGAGCUGGGGUGUCAGCUGCCUCCAGUGCCUGGUCCCCUCAGGGGAGGUGACCUAGAGGCUCCCAAGCUGAUUUUGCCAGACCCUAAGAUGGAAGAAGGCACCAGUGGUGGUGGGGACAAGAAGGAGACCUGUCAGUGGACCCAAACUGUGCCAAGGCGGCCCAGUGGUAGCUCUGGGGAGCCCCAGCCCUCAGAGGACAAGCUCCCCUCAGAGAGGAAGAAGCUGAAGGUGGAGAAGCUGAGCUGCCAGGAGCAAUCAGAGCCUUUGGGAACAGAAAGAGAGGCCCCAGGUGGCCCCGUGCAGGCCACGUCCCUGCCGUCUCAGAACCAGGACUGUGACCCUGGGGAUAAGCCAGGGGAGCUGCAUGAGAGUGCUGAUGGCAUGGCGAGGGGCAGGGCUGGGCAGCCGAGCAGGCCCUUGGAGCUUUCUGGCGCCCCGUCUGCUGCUCCUUCUGUGGCCCCGAGGCAGGUGGGGCUGAGGGAAGAGACCUUGCCGUGUCCUAGAGCUGCGUCCCUUGGGCAUCGGUCCCACCUGGCCACUCAGGCUCCUGGUGUCCUCGCUGCCCUGGCAGACACUGCCUUCCCCCCCAAGUACCUCCUCAGGUUGCCUCAGGAAGAGACCCACCCACCACCUCCCGUCGCCCUGGGGCUGGGACAAGGCCAGGACCCUGUCUGCAGGAGAAGGUGGCCCGAGGAACAGGCAUCCUUUGUCGGGUCAGGGCUGGGGACCCUCCUGCCUCCCUGCCCGGCUUCAAUCUUGGCCCCCAGUGGGGCAGACAGCUUCCAGGAGGACCCCAGCUGCUCUAGGCCAUGGGGCAGGAGAAAAGGGGUGCAGGGAGAGGAGAGAGGAUACUUGGACACUGGCACCCCAGCAGCGGGGCAGUCCCAUGGCUCAUCCACCAGCAGUCCCAGGGAGACAGCUUCCUUCUUGCCCACCCCAACGUGUGCCACCUGGAAGAGCGGGCCCCCUGACACCCGACACCUCUGCACGGGCAGCACUGUGGUAGGGGCCAAGCCGUCUGGUGGUGUCCUGAAUCCCUGCGCACUUAGCAGGGCGUUGGGACCUCCUGAGAAUGCCCCGGAAGACCCUCCCUCGGGGCCUCUGGCUGGGCUCAAUUCCUGCCACUCCUUCCUCACAGCCCCCACGCCCCCCAGCUGGCCGGAGUUGGCCUUGUGUACCCACUCAGAGACCCUGUGGAGCUUCAGGGCCCACGGCCCUUUCCCGUCAUUGAGGGCUGAGCCCCGACUCACAUGGUGUUGCUUGAGCCGAAGCCUGCCUCUGCCCACAGAGCAGAAGGAAAAGGCUGCUUCUGUGUACCUGGCACUGCACUUCCUUGGUGGCAGCGCGCAGGACAAGGGUCCAGACGCCCGGCCCGUGAGCAGGGCAGUGGUGGGAGGAUGGACGAAGACAGGCCUGGGAGAAGGAGGGCAGGUCCAGACAUCAAAGCUCUCCUGCCCAGUGGCCUCAGGGAUGGUGUCCCAGCCUGAAUGGAAGAAAGGACCGCCGUGGAGGAAGGCGAAGAUGUUCCGGGGGAGCGGCAAACAGAAGCUGAGCAUCCGCUCCAGAAGGUACAAAGGGAGUUUCUUACAGAGCCGCGUCCAGCCGAAAGGGGGCGGACCGCGCAGGCCUCCCAGAGUGCUGAGAAAAGACCGCCACCUACCCCCACUCGAGGGGCUGGGCCCAUGCGGGACCUGCAGGCAGCCUUCUUCAGAAAUGGCAGGUCUGAAUCUGCAAGAGGAACCAUCUCGUGCCUCUUCAGAAUCACCUGUUGGUUGUGGGCACAGAGAGAAGGAGGAGGAGGGCUCCAGACAAACUUCGGGAAGCUUCUCUCCCAGCACAAGUUCAAGGGCCGGGAGUGGAAUAGACCACGUAAUCAUGAAGGUAAUUUCUCCAGCUGCCGGUGGGCGCAGUGACCGCCACCAUCGGAACACUGCUGCUGGGUCAGGACAGUCUGAGCGCCCUGGCUCCUGCGUGGCCGUGGCUACCGACAGGCUUCUGUCUCCAGGCAGAAGUCUCAGCCCGGGAUUGCUGGAGACCCGGCCGCUGCCCUCCCAGGAGCAAGUCUCAGUAGAUAUGAAACCAUACAUUUCCUCCGAUGCUCAGGAGCCUUCUUCCUUUGAGUGCAAAGGAACCUCUCCCUGCCAGGAUGUUGCUCCUUCUGUGGCUGCCAUUUGUGCUCUGGGGGAGAGAGCAGGUCACACAGCCCUGGGAAUUCACGGUGCGGAGCUGCAAGCCCAAAGAGCUGCAGGGGAGGCUCUGACACAAAGCUCCCCCGAGAGAAAAGCUAAAGCGGAGGGCAUGUCACCACCAGUCCUGCCAGGGAGACCUUCAUCCGAGCAAAGAAUUUCAGGUUUGGUUUUGUUGGGGUCAACUGGAAAAACUCAUCUUGAAAUACCAGCAUCAGGAGCAGGCUCCGCUAGUCCAUACCAAGAGGAAGGGCAGCACAAGAUGUUUUUUCCUACUGGGGGACAGGAGGGGCGUGGAGAGGUGGUAGUCCCUUGCCCUCCUUUAGGAAAUGAGGGUGGGAAAUGUCGAGGCUCUGGAUUAACUGCUCUAAAAGAUCGUGUGGUUCCUUCUGACCCAGGGCAGCCCAGAGAAUCCCCUGAAUCCCCUUCAAAAACUGUCAGAAGGAGGGGUCUGGAAGGGCUGAGAAAGCAGACCCGAGUGGAGGUCAGUGACACCAGCAGUGACGAUGAAGACCGGUUAGUGAUAGAGGUGUGACGCUUCUGAGCCUGCGGUUGGAGACCAGAUGCUGUCAGGCAGGCAGGCAGUUGAACUCUUUCACCAAGCACCUACCUAUGAGGAAAACCGUCUGGGGAUCUUUCCAAGGCAUCCCCAGCAGACUCUAGCCCCUAUUCCCCAGAUCCCCUUGUGGUAUACCAGGUGCCAGGCGGGCAAAGGCAGCAACGGAGCCCAGUCUGAGAAUGCUUGGCGCACAAUGACUGCACUCACCUCCCAACCAUGUCUUCUACAUCGGCCCCCACUGCCUCCUCCGCACGAUGGCAUUAACCAGGAUAGCCACAGUCGAUGUAUUUAUGUGCAAGUGAACGGGUAGAGUCAAGUCGACCGACUUCCUCCGUUAGUAAGCUGAGGGUUGGCUUCAAAGGUGGUAAGCACACUUGGGUAACUGGGGUAGCUUGCAGAGGAGAUGGGGCAUCACGAUACAUUUGUUCAUUCUGGAAACCAAAUCCAGAUUCAUUAAAAACUGCAGUUUGGCUAGAAUAACUUGCGUCCUUAGUGGAAGUUGUAAAUAUACUUCAAAAUGCCUAUGAUCUAGUAAAAUGCUGAUUAUCUUUAAAUGUUACACCAGUGGUCAGUGCUUACGUAUGAUCCAAUGACACAAGCAUGUACUGCUCUUGGGCCCCGUGCCUUUUCUCUUGAGACCUCUGAAACCCUUGGUUUUUUUAGCUCUUGCAAAGGAACGCAGUGUUAAAAGUUAAUAGAACAGUC